GUGUAAAAUAAACCGAAGUUUACGCAAGAAAAUAGUACGGAAUAAGAUAAAAGAUCUAGUUAGCUUCCCAGCAAAUCCGAUCUCCGAGAAUCGCGAAAAACACCAGAGAUCAAAAUCACAGUGGAUAGUGAUCGAAUUUCUGCUCAAAAAGUUGAAAAAAAUCCAAUGAAUCAGACGAAGACGAGGCGGAGAGGUAGGGCGGCAGUUGUGGUUCUCGGUGAUAUCGGCCGCAGUCCCCGGAUGCAAUAUCACGCUCUUUCUCUCGCUCGCCAGGCUCAUCUGGAAGUGGAUAUUGUGGCAUAUGGAGGUUCUGAACCCCAUUCUGCUGUUUUAGAGCAUCCGUCUAUUCACAUUCAUAGAAUGACACAAUGGCCAUCAAUCCCUCAAACUUUACCCAAGAUACUUCGUCCUUUUAUGCUUAUGCUCAAGCCAUUGGUUCAGUUUCUGAUGCUUUUCUGGUAUCUUUGUGUCAAAAUUCCUGCUCCUGAUGUAUUCAUAGUGCAGAACCCACCCUCUGUUCCUACAUUGGUUGCUGUAAAAUGGGCAAGCUGGAUUAGACGUUCUGCAUUCAUUAUAGAUUGGCAUAAUUUUGGAUACACACUCCUUGCACUGUCUCUUGGCAGGAAUAGCCGAUUUGUCACUCUUUAUCAUUGGAUUGAAAAGCAUUUUGGGAGGAUGGCAGAUGGGUCCUUGUGUGUGACGAAGGCAAUGCAACAUGAAUUGGCUCAAAACUGGGGUAUAAAUGCCACUGUUCUAUAUGAUCAGCCUCCUGAAUUCUUUCAACCAGCAUCCCUUGAGGAGAAACAUAAGUUGUUUUGUAGGAUUGGAAAAAGCCUGAGCCAGCCCUACAGCCGCCAAGAUUGUCUAAGCUAUGGAAUAUUGGGAACAGACAGUGUUGAUUCCAAUCUAACUCCUUUUACAACUCAGGCUGAAAAGGAUAUAUACUUGAAGCAAAACAGACCAGCGCUUGUUGUUAGCAGUACUAGCUGGACCCCAGAUGAGGAUUUUGGUAUCCUCUUAGAAGCAGCUGUCAUGUAUGAUAGGCGGGUUGCUGCUAUUCUGAAUGAGGAUGACUCAAGUGGAGAGGAACUUAUUUGGGAGGAAAUUAGGAAUGAGAAGCAAUUUUUGUACCCAAGGUUGUUAUUCAUAAUUACGGGCAAAGGACCUGAAAAAGAAAAAUAUGAACAAAAGAUCAGAAAACUGAAUCUCAAGCGUGUAGCAUUUCGUACAAUGUGGCUUCCAGCAGAGGACUAUCCAUUGCUUCUUGGAUCAGCUGAUCUUGGUGUUUGCCUGCAUACUUCCUCUUCAGGGUUAGAUCUUCCAAUGAAGGUUGUGGAUAUGUUUGGGUGUGGAUUGCCUGUGUGUGCAGUUUCCUACUCGUGCAUCAAGGAGCUUGUAAAAGUUGAACAGAAUGGGCUGCUAUUCUCUUCAUCAUCAGAACUAGCAGACGAACUUAUGAUGCUAUUCAAGGGCUUCCCGGAUGAAUGUGAUAUUUUGAAAUCGUUGAGGAAGGGGGUGCUAGAAACAAGAUCUUCUGCUAAAUGGGAUUCGGGAUGGGAAGAGAAUGCCAAGCCGUUAAUAUCCCAGGUCAUCUCGCAGCGCCUUGGACCAAUGUGAUAUGCUCGAAUCAUCCGCGUUCACUCGCAUGAAUGGCGAAGGGGGAUAAGGUCAUAACCUGUUCAGAUGAGCUGAUUAACACUAAGCAAUAUUACCCUGAAGAGUAUAGAAACAAGUUUUCCCAAUUCUGUAAAAUGGUUCUGAACUUCUGAUUCACACUAAGCAAUAUACCCUGAGGAGUCUGUGGAUAAAGUUUUCCUAAUUCUAUAAGAUGGUUCUGAAUUGAACUUAUUAUGUGAUUAUAUAAAUACAUAUUGGAAUUUUUUUU